GGCCGCAAAUUUGUCGCGGAAAGCGCCUGACCCCAAACUACAUUUCCUAGCAGGCUGUACAGCGCGCAGGCGCAUAAAAGCCGGGCCUGAAGGGCGGUAACUGUGCAGCCAGUCGUGCCGGGUCCUGAUCGCUGAGCUGGGUUCGGCGGCUCUGGUCUGGCGAGAGGCUAGUAGGCUGCACGCUGCCCGGCCAGUCUACCUACAGCGGAGCGGAGUCAAGGGCAAGAGUCAGGCCUCAGCAUGGCAGCGAACUAUUCUACCACAGGUACCAGGAGAGAACAUGUCAAAAUUACAUCAGACCCUCAGCCAGGCUUCUUGGAGCGAUUGAGUGAGACUUCAGGGGGCAUGUUUGUGGGGCUCAUGACCUUUCUGCUCUCUUUCUACUUGAUUUUCACCAACGAGGGUCGUGCGCUGAAGACUGCAACCUCACUGACAGAGGGGCUGUCCCUGGUGGUGACCCCAGACAGCAUCCACAGUGUGGCCCCUGAGAACGAGGGCAGGCUGGUGCACAUCAUUGGGGCACUUCGGACGUCCAAGCUCUUAUCUGACCCGAACUAUGGGGUGCAUCUUCCGGCUGUGAAGCUACGGAGGCAUGUUGAGAUGUACCAGUGGGUGGAGACCGAGGAGUCUAGGGAAUACACUGAGGACGGGCAGAUGAAGAAGGAGACACAGUACUCCUACAAUACCGAGUGGCGGUCAGACAUUGUCAACAGUAGGAACUUUGACCGGGAGAUUGGCCACAAAAACCCCAGUGCCAUGGCAGUGGAGUCCUUCACAGCCACUGCCCCCUUUGUCCAGAUUGGCAGGUUUUUCCUCUCAGCAGGCCUCAUAGACAAAAUCGACAACUUCAGGCCACUCAGCUUGUCCAAACUGGAGGACCCCCAGGUGGACAUCAUCCGCCGAGGGGACUUUUUCUACCACAGUGAAAACCCCAAGUACCCAGAGGUGGGAGACCUGCGCGUCUAUUUUUCCUAUGCAGGACUGAGCAGCGAUGACCCUGACCUGGGCCCAGCCCACGUGGUCACAGUGAUUGCCCGGCAACGGGGUGACCAACUUGUUCCUUACUCCACUCCGUCAGGGGAGACCUUGCUGCUCCUGCACCAUGGGGACUUCUCUGCAGAGGAGGUGUUUCGCAGAGAACACAGGAGCAAUUCCAUGAAGACCUGGGGCCUGCGGGCGGCCGGCUGGAUGGCUAUGUUCAUGGGCCUCAACCUCAUGACUCGGAUCCUCUACACCUUGGUGGAUUGGUUUCCUGUCUUCCGAGACCUGGUCAACAUCGGCCUGAAAGCCUUUGCCUUCUGCAUGGCCACCUCAUUGACCCUACUGACAGUAGCUGCUGGCUGGCUCUUCUACCGGCCCUGGUGGGCAUUCCUCAUUGGCUGCCUGGCAUUGGUACCUGUCCUCAUUGCCAGAACACGGGUGCCUGCCAAAAAACUGGAGUGAAGGAAGCUCUAGUGUCAAUCAGACCCAUGGCAGCCUCUGGAUUCAGGCUACUCCGUGUUAUGGCCCAGUUCCAUCCCCAAAGCUCGGGGCAGCCUUGGAUUCUUGGAUGCUGUACCUACUGCUCUUCAGAGGGGCGGACCUAGCAGCAUGCUCCUCAUGCUUGGUGUUCACGCUUCACCCCUCCUUUUUUCUUGCUGUAAGCAGCCUUGGUGAGCAUGGCAGCUCAAAGGUGGUAACCCAAUAAGCAGCCUUUUCUUAGUCGCCCCCCUUGUCCUGGGACUGCACGCUCUGGAGACCUGCUUGAGCAGGGAGUUGCCCUAGUCACUCUCUAUUUCUCAAGUGCCAAGACUGCUCAACCCAUCACACCCACGACCCCACAGAACAGCCUUUGCUGGCACCAGACAUGUACCAAAGGCUGGCCUAGGGCAGCAGAAGCACCUAGAGCAGGCCUAUGGACAGAAUGCCAUAUAGUAUGUCCUAGUCACUCCA